AUGACACAGGCUGAGUUCAAGAUGUUUGUGGAGGGUGUGCACCUGGAGGAAAGCCGCAGUGCGUUCCGCUCGGUCCCCGAGGCCGAUUUGAACAUGACCAGCGUCAAGGCGGCGUCGGUGGACUGGACCACUGGCAAGUGCGUCAACCCGGUGCGCAACCAAGGCCAGUGCGGGUCGUGCUGGGCGUUUUCGGCCGUGGGUGCCGCGGAACCGGCGCACUGCAUCGUGACGGGAGAGCUCCUCGACCUGUCCGAGCAGCAAGUGACGAGCUGCUCCACCGAGAGUGGUAGCUCGGGGUGCAACGGCGGGUGGCCGUACGCCGCCAUGACGUACGUGUCGACGACCGGACUCUGCUUGGAGAAGGACUACCCGUACACGUCUGGCAGCACGAGUAAAACUGGCACGUGCAACAGCAACUCGUGCACCAAGAAGAAGCUCAGCAUCGGUGCGACCGUCCGCGUGAAGGGUGAGGCGGCGCUGGACGCGGCACUCAACAAGCAGCCUCCGUCGGUGUUGGUCGAAGCGGGCAACUCCGUUUGGAUGAACUACCGCUCGGGAGUGAUCACGCAAUGCCCUGGGUCGUACUCGGACCACGCCGUCGUCGCGGUGGGGUAUGACGGCACGUCGUACAAGAUCCGCAACUCGUGGGGCACCAACUGGGGCGAAGCCGGCCACAUCCGCCUCAAGCGCGGCGUGAGCGGCAAAGGCAUGUGCAACGUUGCCGAGGACGUCGUGUUCCCCAAGAUCGAAGGCAACACGCCGACGACCAAGCCGACCCCCACGACCAAGCCGACCCCCACGACGAAGCCCACUCCUACGACCAAGCCCACCCCUACCUCUGCUCAACCUGACGUUUGCGCCGACUGCACCGGGUGCUUCUACCCUGCCGGGAACCAGUGUUUGCCUGCCGACUACACCAAGGACGACUGUGACUAUUACCGUGAUGAGUAUGGCACGGUUUGGUGCGGUGACGGGCCUACUCCCACCACUACCAAACCCACUCCUACCACCAAGCCGACUACCACCAAGCCGACUCCUACGACCAAGCCGACUCCUACGACCAAGCCGACUACCACCAAGCCGACUCCUACCACCAAGCCGACUACCACCAAGCCCACUCCCAAGCCCACCUCCAGUGUCGACUGUGGCACGUGCAUGGUAUGUUACGAUCCGGCGACUGACGAAUGCAUGGACAACAUCAGCAAGUACGAUUGCCGAGCCUUGACGUCGACCAAGGGCUACGUGUGGUGCGGCUUUUGGUAAAUCCUAGUCGUCUGCAUACAUUGUCGUUUGUGUCGCCACAGGAGCUUGUUUCUAACUAGAAUAUUGACAUUGCCGUCAUGCAUUAUCAGCAGUUCUCGUCGGAUUCUCAGCUUGGUAAUGUAUGCACUUGG